AUGUCAUCUCUCACCCACGACCAGGUCAAAGUCCUCGAACAAUCCCGCCAACGGCUGGUACAACUCACUCGUUCCCUGGCAUCGUUAAUUGGCAGCUUAAACCAGAGCGAUCCCCUUCCACAGUGGUCCUCCCUCCAAACCCAAGCAACAAUCAUCUCCAACAACCUCGUCAGCGUCUCCGAACAACUCUCCGACAACCAAGACCUCUUCGGUUCCCUCGUCGCCUACCCAGGUCCGGAAUACCCCGGGCGCACGCAAGCCCCUACCCUCGAGCAACUCCUACGAACGAAACUCGACCCCCGCGUCGACGAAUGGGUAUCGCGCGGUCGGAUAGCGGGCGCGUCUGCGCUGGAGGACAAGGACGCGCUCAGCGAGCGCCAUCUGGCGGAGUUGUGGGACUGGGCGCCUGUUGAGGCGAACCAGGAGGCGAGACGGAGGAAUUGGGGUGGGGAUUUUACGUUGGAAGAGAAGGAGAUGGGGGUUCAGAAUGUUGUUACGGGGUUGGUGAGGCAGUUGGAUGAUGAUGAGGAGGAGGAGGAGGAAGAUGAAGAGGAUGAUGAAGAGGGGGAGGGAGAGGAUGAGGAGAUGGAGAUUGUUGGGGGGCCGCGGAAGGUUGCCGGUCCUGGUGUUGGUGUGGGCGAGGUUGAUGCGUCGCAGAAGAUCGUGGCACCGGCUUUGCCGUUGGAUGAUAUUUUGAGAUUUAUGACUACUGGGAUGCCUCCGAAGCAGCGGUAA